AUGGAGGCCCUCACUGUCGAUGCCGCAUAUCUCCAUGCCCUAGCUUUCUCGACACAAGCCUACUUUGACCUCAUGUCAGGCCGUAUAUCAAGCAAGAGGCCUGUCUCGGCGUAUCCACACAUGCUCAAGACACUGAGGCUCCUACGCGAGAGGUUAGAUCUACCAGAGCAUAACGUAGCAGUCAAAUCAUCAUUCAGUACGGCUGCGGUAGUGCUGUGUCUCGCCUUCCACGCCCACAUCAUGGGCGAGCACGAAACUGCCAGACACCAUAUGUUAGGGCUUCGUAAGAUAGUCGACUUGAACAGGGGGCUUAAGGGUCUGAAAAACGAAAAGCUUGUUAUUGAACUGCUAAGAUGCGACAUGGGAAUAGCCUUACAUAACGGCACCAAACCCAUAUUCUUCUCCGACCUGGUGCAGGAGCCAUACUGGCCAUACCCGGACUUCAUGUUAUACGGCAUUACCGCCGAUCCCGAAGACGAGCCGCUUCUCGCUAUCCUCGACACAGAGCUAGCCACCGCGUGGCGCACGAUGAAGAAGUUCUGCACUCUUGUUAACCGCGCCGCCGCCGCUAGUCGAAAACUACCCAAAGAAGACCUCCUCGAUACCAUGGCAUCGGUCAUGUAUCGGUUACUGCACAUGUGUUUUGGGCGUGGCUCUCCCUCUGAAGUUAUACGCUUAGGCCUGUUAGCAUUUUGCUCCAACGUGUUCCUGCAGUGGGCCAGCGUGCGGCUACCGUACACGCAUUUCCCGAUUAUGUAUCAAGAUAAUCUUGUGAACCUCGAGUUCCCCGCCCUGGAUAACGACUAUAGUGGCGUAAAUAACUUUCCCACACCGCGGCUACUUCUCUGGCUACUAACCGUUGGCGCCGUUUCCGUGUUCGGCGGGGUCGAUAGUGAGGCCUGGUUGAAGUCCUGGCUGCGUGUCAAUCUCGAGUUAUGUGGCAUAGACUCGUGGUCUGCCAUGUACACUGUGCUGGAUUCGUUCAUGUGGGUGAGGGUUGUGCAAGAUGCGCCCGGAAAAGCCGUCUUCGAUUCAAGUAUGUCUUCAAUUUUAUAUCUGGAAUUUAAUUGA